ACGUGAGCGCGCGCCCACAAGCCCAGUAAGCACGAUACUCAUCUGAAGUUGUGGGCGAGCCCAGGCUGGGUAUGGAUGCCCCCCGCCGCCCCACCCGCUCCCCCACACUACCACGGCACCACUAGACCAGCCUCCAUCAUGGCGGCUGACGGGGGGGCUGACAUCAUGCCCGACCUCUCGCACCUGACGGAGGACGAGCGGCGAAUCAUCGAGAGUGUCAUGCACAGACACAAGAUCGAGGAGGAGAGGGAGAGCGAGCUCGUCAGGAGAACACAAGAUGAGGUCCGAGUGCUUGAAGACACGAUCCGUCUGCGCUCAGAAAUGCAGCUUAAAAAGGGCAUGGAAUUAGAGGCGACGUGCCAGAUAUGCCUCAAGACCAAAUUUGCUGAUGGAGUGGGCCACAUGUGCAACUACUGCAACAUCCGGUGCUGUGCCCGCUGCGGUGGCAAAGUCUCCCUCAGGUCAAACAAGGUCAUCUGGGUGUGCAUUCUGUGCAGGAAGAAGCAGGAGCUGCUCAUCAAGACCGGCACGUGGAUGACGUCAGGUCUGAGCCACGGGGAGAUGAUGCAGAUGGAGCAUGACGACUUCUCAGGUACGGCCACGCCCGCGACGCCCACGGGGGACAAAAGGCCCAAGUUGGAGCGCGGCUCAAGUGGCGAGAAAGAGCCCCGGCCGGCCAGCGUGUCCGGCCUCGUAGCACCAACGUCAGGAGGCCACCACUACCAGGGGGAGUCGGGGCCUCACCACGCCACCUCGGAGGCGCGGUCGCUCAUGUACCGGCCCGGCAGCGCCCAGGGCCGCGAGCUGCGGCGCCAGUUCUCUCAAGAGCGCGGCGGAGGCGAGAGUGGGCGGCCGGCAAGAGGGCGGGCGGCUAGUGAGGGCGGCGAUCAGCCACCCUCGCCCCACGCCCGCGAUCGUGUCGUGCCGCCCCCUGAAGCCUUCCGCACUUUUGAGCAUCCUGCGCCUUACGAAAAGCGGCCCGCGGGUCCAGACAUUCGGGUAGAGCGCGGGUACGGGAGCGCAAGCGGGUAUGUUGGUUCGGGAUACGGUAGUACCCGGUAUAGCCCGGUUCCCGCUGGCGCCGGCGGCAGCAGCCCCAUGGAGGGCAGCAGCCCCGGCCCGGCUUCCGUUGAGGGCGGCAGUCCCCAUCUGGAGGAGCCUCGGCGCAACCACCUGGACCCAGCCACGGCCCUGGGGCGCUCCUCCGAGCCUCGUCGUACAGAUCCCGUUAUGAGGAACGACUCAUUGUCAUCAGACCAGAGCGAGUGCGUGCGGCCGCCUCCGCCCAAGCCGCACAAACCGCGCACCAGAGGGCGCAAGACGCGGCAGCGCUCGCUCUCGUCUUCUGACGAGGAGGUCCGCUCCACUCCGGAAUGUACCUCGUGCGAGGAACACGAGGCCGAGUCCGAGAGUGUGUCCGAGAAGGAAUCCCAACUCAGGAAACGUAAGAACGAGAAGCAGAUACGGCAGGAUCAAUUUUCGGGUCGAUUGCGAGAAGUGUCUUUGCUUUCGAACGCCUCCUGGAUGUUAAGACGUUCGGCGCUUUCGCCUACGCCCACGCACCACACGGAGGGCGUGGUGCCCCUCUCCUACGCCGCGUUUCAGAAGGGCGGUGUUAUACCAGGUGAUGCGCGUCACACCAGAGCGAAGGUACUACACCAGAAACGCCGUCAAGAUGCUGCACAAGAGGCGCGUGGGAGUUUCUUCGACCGUCGCCAUGACAACAGUGCCCCAGCUGCGGGCCCUGCCUCCUUGCUAGCGCUGCUGCUCUUGCCCUACGUCGGCGAGGGCGAGGCGGUGACUGAUCGGUGGAAGAGGCAGGAGAUUCUUGACGCGAAGAUCAAAAAGUUCCUAGCGAUCUUGUUUAUGUUUGUCACGUGCUUCCGUGAAGAUAAGAGUGGUGUUUUUUAUGACUCUCCACGGAGACCUACACCGGGUUCAUGCACGCCCCUAAAAGUCUUGUUUGUCAAUAUAGGUUUCAACUGCCAGAAGAAAGACAGUCGAGUAAUGGUUAGGGAACUGGACCUAGAGUGGAGUCAGAUAAGCGGAGUAAAAUGCGGGGAUAUGGACCAGUACCCAGGCCCCGGGCUAGGUGAGCCUGGGGGGCCUCGGAGGGAGAAACACUACCACAGGGACUAUCGGCUCCCAAAGGAUGAAAUUCGGGACUAUGGGUUAGGGAACCAUCGGGACCUGGAGUCCUUCCCAAGGGACUUGGCAGACAAGUACAGGGACAGAUAUAAUCAAUACCUAAACAGGCUAGAAAGAACUCACCAUAACCAAGUUAGUGAAGACUAUUGUGAUAAUAGGGCUACCGAUAGUAGAAAUUACACGGAAAGAAGAAAGAAAACGGUGCGCUUUAACUCGGAAGGAUGGGACACGCUGGACGAGGACAUGGAGCCCAGCGUGGACCCGCGGUGGACUAGUGCCUCUAGUGUUUAUUACGAGGAUGACCUCCCGCGACCUCCCCCGAUGGGGGGCGUCGGGAUGACCCGUGACCCGGCUGGGCCCCGGCGCGGCCUCCCCUGGUCGGGCGGCCGGGAGCCCUCCUUCCCCGCAGCCCGCAAGGAGCUGUGGGAGGUGGAGCGGCAAGAAUCACAAGACUCACAGACCAAAGAUAGCGGUAUUGACUCUGGUACAAGUAGUAACUUUAACUCCAGUGAGGACUCGAGCAAGGGAGAAGUGCCCAGACACCCAGUCUCGUGGCAGCCUAGCCAGGACGGAACGCGUAUGAUCGGGCACAUGAUUCUCAACAAGUACAUCAAGGGCGAGGUCGGGCCAACCUUCAGCGCCGCCAUUCUCGGCCUCAAGGUGGGCGGCGGCCAGAUCCUCGAGAGCGGGAAGAUCGGCGCUCUCAUUGAGAAGGUCAAGAAGGGGAGUAUAGCGGACACAGUGGGGCACCUCAGACCAGGCGACGAAGUUCUAGAGUGGAACGGACGCUCCUUGCAAGGGAAGACCUUCGAGGAAGUGUACGACAUCAUCUCCGAGUCCAGACAGGAGCCGCAGGUCGAGCUGAUCGUGUCCCGCCAGCUGUCCGACGUCGGCCGCCAGCCCUCGCGCCGCUACACCGUCGGCGGCCUCGCGUCCAGAGCUGACAGCUAUGACCCGCGACGGGUGUCCGAGCCGGGGCGGGACCGCAGGCCCAGUGUCACCAUCACCUCACCUGGCUCUCCGGAGACCUAUCGGAUAAGAAGCCAUUCCCCUUCGAUCUCGGGGAAGCUACAGCUCAAGCUAUGGUUCGAGCCGGCCAACCAGCAGCUCGUGGUGACCAUCGUCAGCGCCGUGGACCUUCCUCCCAGAGCCACGGGCCACCCCAGGAACCCCUACGCCAAGAUGUUUCUUCUUCCGGACAGAAGUGAGAAGUCUAAACGGAGAACGAAGACCAUAGCCAACAGCCUGGACCCGCGCUGGAACCAGACCUUCAUCUACUGCCCGCUGCGCCGCGCCGAGCUCAAGUCCCGCUCGCUCGAGAUCACGGUCUGGGACUACGAUCGCUACGGGGCCAACGACUUUCUCGGCGAGGUGGUGGUGGACCUGAACGCGGCGCCCCUGGAUGACGAGCCUGAGUGGUACUACCUUUCAUCCCACGAAGAUGCUCUCCCGCCACACAUGCGUCGCAGCAUGUACGUGGACACGGAGUCAGCGUCGACCAACCCCUCGACGGACCACCUGUCCCCCCCUUCCACUACCUCUCGUCUUAGCGAGUCCGACAUGAGCGACCUUGAUCUUGAAGACUCACUCCAUCGAGAACGACGGACCGACGGCGCCUCCAUCAGCAGCGUGGGCUCCUCCUCUAGCCCGCCGCCUGAGGACCGCCAGAUGGUCUUCAGCUCCGGCCUGGACCACCGCUCGCGGCGAGACACCACCUCCCCUCCCGGGCGUCGACGCAUCGCUACCAUCGUGGGACGUGAAGACCUCAGAUACCGCUCCAAGGACCUGGGUCUUCCCACUCACUCCCCCCGCGCCCGUAGCCAGUCCGCGGCGCCCACAGACUCGCCUUCUCUGCACGUGUCUCGCUCACGCAGCAAGUCUCCUCGACGCGCGCCCGAGCAGCCCGCUAGUCGCUCCCUCUCCCCUCCCGAGGCCAGGCCGGGCUACGGAGGGUCCGGAAGGAUGCCAUCUCGGAGUGCCACCGCGACGCCCACGGGGUCACCUAAGAAGCGGCAGUUGCCCCAGAUCCCAUCGGCGCUCCAGCUCUCCUCCAGGGACAAGGUCACGCAGCAUUCUUAUAUGGAGAGAUCUUCCCAGGACCUCGAGGAGCGAGCGAGGCAGAUGAAGAUGAGGAUGCGGCAGAUGCAGUCCUUCAGGCCCGGAGGCUCUGGCUCCGACUCGGAACUGGGCAUGAGGACCCACGACAGGUACUACCGGGGCCGGGGCGGUCUCGUCUCGCCCGAGAGGGACCCGGAGCGCGACUGCGGGGACUCUGUCAGCGACAUAGAGAGCGUUGUUAGUGCCUUCUCCACCCAGAGCGAAAGGCCGCGUGGGACCAGGAAGUUUAGUUUACUAGACACGGUCCACCCCCUAGGCAGUCCUCUCCGCCGUGCACCUGUCCUCCGGAGGUCACUUUCCAUGGGUGUGUCUCCCGCAGUUUCUAGGAGCGCACCAUCCCUCUCGGUGCGGCCUCGUCAACAACCACGGACGCACCUCAUAAGGAGCAACACAAUGGUGAGUGCUCCUCCCCCACCUCGCACUCGCCAUUGCCUACAGAAGAGCCACAGUCUAGGAGAGAAUGAUAAACAUUGGCUCCUCCACCAUGACCCUGACCUAUUAAUGGACCAUUGGGAUGUAAGGGACCAAGGCCACAGGGCUCGCUCAAGGUCACUUACUAGGGAUGACCUAGUGUUGCGGUCACAUCCUAAGAAGACUGUGACCUAUGAAGACGAAGUUUUAUCUAAGCACAGGGUCCAAGGACCUGCUAGGAUUUCAAGAAGCUCACUCUCAAUUGAUAAAUCAGUGCCUUAUGAAUCAGAUCUAGAGGUAAGGGAACACGUGUCGGACACGUUCAGACGGAAGCCCAGGGCACAACCUGAGCGUGAAGUCUACAGUGAUGCUCAGAAUUCUGAUAUCUCCAACGGAGAGACUAAUCGGAGUUUAUAUCGUAGACGAAGUUCAGCCCGACUUGUGGACGGGCACAGUGCAGGGACCUACUACGGGUAUGACUCCGAAUACAGCGGAGCGGAGACAGAGGUGUUCCUCUCAGAUAGGUCAUUAGACAGAUCCUGCAGCCUAGAACAUGUGGAACAGAGAAAACCUGAGAUUAGACGAGACAUUGAAAAGCGACCCAUCGAUCAACCAAGACGUAUGACAAUGGAGAGGGUUGAUGAAUUCUUUCCUACUUCAAUCCAAUCAGUAAGAGAAGGGUCAAGCCAGACUUUGCCUAGAGCAAGGCGUCAUUCUGGGAUUACACAGCCUCGAAAAACAUUUAUGAGGGCCAAUACAGAGAGUUCUCUUCUAUCAGGUCCAAGUAGGAAUAUAGAACGCGAGGUAAUGUGGCGGCCUUCUAGAGAAGACCCAGAGGCACUGUAUCGAGUUCCUCUUCGUGAGUCAAGUGUCUCAGAACCACCAUUAGAAGCGGCAAGAAGUCUUCAUAGUAAUCCAUCUCUGGCACAUGUUUUUGAUGGAAGUGGACCACCUAGUAAAUACGAGGCUUAUGGUUCUGACGAAGUGUUUGCUCCUGUGGAGCAGAGAAGACAAGAGCCACCAAGACCAGGAGAUGAGAGGGGUAGAUAUCCAAGUGAUGCACCGCAUGAGUACGAUAGAAAUUAUAGGCGUGACAGUAGAUUGGUGCCAGAAGCAGAGGGAUAUAUUGAUCAAGAUGAGAGAUACAGAGCCCCAACCAUUGAAGAUAAGGACAGAUAUCCAGACCGAGGUCACAGCGAUGAUGAAAGAUACAGGAAUAAAGAUAGGUAUAGAGAUUUUGGGCCUCCUGAAAAAGAAAGGUAUAGAGAACAAAUAUCAAUGGAAAAAGAGAGGUACAUAGAACAGGUACCAGCUGAUAUAGAAAGAUGUAUAGUGCAAGGAACAGUGGACCAGGAGAGGUACAGAGAUCAUGAACUUAUGGAGAAGGAUAGAUAUGUAGAACAAGUACCUAGGGGCAUAGAGAGGUAUAGAGAACCUAUUGUGGUAGAGCAGGAAAGAUUCAGAGAUGAAGAUCCAUAUAGAGAUCAAAAUGUUGGAGACCAUGAUCGCUACCGAGAACAAGGAGCCAUAGAAAAAGAUCGAUAUAGACGACGAAGUUCAUGUAUUGAUGACAGGCCCAGAGCUUCCAUAGACCAGGGAAGAUACAGAGAAGUGGGGGAUCUGGAACAAGAAAGAUACAGAGAAAAUAUAGGACAGGAAAGAUACCGGGAACACAUAGAACAGGAAAGAUAUCGGGAACAUCCAGAACAGGAAAGGUAUUUAGACCCAGUGGAACAUGGGCGAGGCUAUCAGCAUGGUCCCCCUCCACCACCACCACAAGAAUACAACGGCCAAGUGGAUGAUAGACGCUGCUACGACAGUCCAAGAAGAGAUGGAAAAGAACGAUAUGAUAUUGUGUAUGAUGACCGUGAGCAUCAGUAUGGAGAACAGUAUGAACAUGAGAGUCCAAGAAUGAGGGACCCUCGCUACCAGCAAGAUCCCAGAAGCCAACGGUUUCCCCCUAGUGGUCACGACCCAAACUUCGCUUACCAUGAUCCCCAUAGACCACAUGACCGACGCGACACAGCUUCUCACCAGCACACUCCGCACCCUCACAACCCUGCUCAUGCACACGCCCACCCCACUAACACCAUCCACGCCCAACCCUCUAACACCCACCAGACUUAUGCAGACCCAUCCUCCUAUUCUGUAGCUGAGACUGAUCCUAUGUACCCUGCUGACACAGACAUUGUAGUAGAUGACGAGAACCCUGACCAAGACAGACCCUUAACCCCCCGAGUUCGCCACAGUUCCUCCGUUAGUAUUAAUGAGCACCCUGAGUACUUUGAAUUUGACGCCAAUAGUCCCCCUAGUACGGAGCCUCGCGCAGACGCUGAUGUAGACCCUUCUUCUAACCCUGCUAGUGAGUUUAGCCAACGGGAGACCGCAUACGGAUCCAUGGGCGUGAACUACGGCGGAACAAGUAAGCGGGGUCAGCUGGGCAGGAGCCGGUCCACCAGCGAGGUCCCCGAGACAGAAAAAACUGAGAAGGAAAGCGUAGGAGAAGGAGACGAAAAAGGAGAAAAAGGAGGCGAAGGGUCAGAAGAGGGCGUGGUAGUGGAAGAGGCGGUGGAGGGAAAUGUGGAGGGAGAUGUAGAGGGUGGUGAAGUGGAGGAGGGUUGUGAGGAAGCCGAGGUAAUGGUGGAGGAGGAGUGUGUGGAGAGGGAAUGCAGCGUGGAGGGUUCGAGCCCCCCUCCCGAACAUGCCUGCGGCUCUUCCAACCACGACUCCCUCGACGUGGAGAAGCUGGAUGGCAGCCUGAGCGACUCUGCGGCUGGCCUACUCACCGUGGAGGGCAAGGAGCGCAGGAGAGCGACUAAUGGGAAACAAAGUCAAAACUUGGGCCUAUCCAAGAAAUCAUCCUCGACUUCCAAGCUAUCAGACACGGGUCGAAAGCGGAAAUUGGGCUUUCGGAAAAAGUCAAAGAGCACAAUUACCGUACAUCGAAGUGAGGAGAUUCUUCCCACGGGGUCGCGGCACCUGAUGAGGCAGAGCUCCAGCCAGAGUAGCGAGGAGGCGGAGGGGGAAGACAGGUGUGGGGAAGGGGCUUUGUGGUCCCUCAUGGGGGGCUCCAGGUCCCCCCACAUUGCGGACAUGUUGGCAGUAGUACCGGCUAGAGUUGUAGUGUUGACAGUGUCACAUUUUGCCUCCUCCGCAGAGGGCGGUAGAAAGCGUAGUACUAGUGGGGUCCAGCGAUCUCAGGAGGUGAUCCCAUCUAGCCAGGCUCGCUUGGUUAAGCAGCCCUCUAAGGAGUCCACCGACGGUAGCAUGAAUAGCAUCAGUUCUGAGGGCUCCUCUCGCGUGCCAUCUAUGCGCCUGGGAACAGAUGGUCAGCUGAGCGAGUUCAUCGAAGGCCUUGGUCCGGGCCAGCUGGUAGGGCGCCAGGUGCUGGCCGCUCCUGCUCUUGGAGACAUCCAGCUGUCCAUGUGUGACCGUAAGAACAAGCUUGAGGUGGAGGUCAUCAGGGCGAGGGGCCUCCAGUGCAAAACAGGGGCCCGAAUCUUACCUGCGCCCUACGUGAAGGUAUACUUGGUGGACGGGAAGAAGUGCGUGGCCAAAGCCAAGACGGCGACGGCGAGGAGGACUCUCGACCCACUGUACCAACAGCAGCUCAUCUUCCACGAGAGGUACCAAGGCUGUGUUCUGCAGGUGACGGUGUGGGGCGACUACGGGCGCAUGGAGGGCCGUAAGGUGUUCAUGGGCCUGGCGCAGAUCAUGCUGGACGACCUGGACCUCUCCAACAUCGUCAUCGGAUGGUACAAGCUCUUCGGCACCUCCUCGCUGGUGUCGCUGCCGGCGCUCACCCGUCGCGGCUCCAUGGCCAGCCUGGACAGCUUCGGGUAGUGGUAGAGCGAUGGCCCUCGAGGCCUGGGUCACGCUGCGCCAGCCCUUCCCAUGGGAUCAAGCACUUCCGUGCCUGCCACACAGUCACAACAUAAGACCUCCGUGUACUAGUGCAGAACAUUCAACGAUAUUUGCAACCUGCAAUAUUGCUAUCAAGCAGAAUGUGAAGCUUUUCAUUGGGUGCUCUCUUUUGUCUCGGUUUCAAGACUUGAUCUGACACUAACUGCUUGUGUUGCAAAUUUGCAGUAUUGCAUUAAGAUAAGAGGCUCAAAGACAUCAUCGACUUGCCUAAGUGGAGACGAUGGUAGUCGUCAUGACGCGGUACUCGGGGCAUUAAGUGCCCCAUAAGUUCCCCUGCUGGGGCAUCGUGGGGCUCGUUUCUCCACAUCAGUCCCCAGCGGCCACACGGGUAGUAGGCCAUGCUGGGGCCACGCUGGGGCCACACUGGGGCGACAAAUAUGCCCCCACUCCAGCAUCAGGCUGCACACAUAACACCUCCCUUGUGCACCUCACACUUCCGGACUUCCCGUUAAUGUGGACUCUCGUCACUUGUUUGCCUUGAGAGCAGUUUUUUACAUGCCACAAUAUCAGUACGUAUAACACCUUCUCGGCCUGCUCUGUCUCGCUUUAGUAGACAGGCUGGCCAGCGUCACAAUGCUUGUGAUUUUGACUAAGUGCUUUAAAUAAUAUUACAGAAUAGUUUUAAUCAUGUGUGGAAGUUUGCUCCAUAGAGUACCCUACCCUUUCUAGUUUCCAAUACUAAGAUGACCUACGUAGUCCAACACUAUGGCUCGUGUCUUCUCCACCCCCCCCCCCCCCCUUCUCCCCUCAUUUCCAUACUCCUUUCUUCCUCGUAAAACCACUCUCCUCUUUCUCCCUGACAUGUCUUACAUGUCCUUCAUGACAUCCCUUUCCCCUCUUUCCCCUCACACACCUUGACAUGUCAUACUCUGCCUGGUUAAGUAAAUAUAAAGUUCUCCAUGAAUAAUUUACCUGGAUAAUUUCAGACCUUACCUGAGCAGUACAUAUUACCUGUCACCAUGUAUAAUUACCCUAAGAUUCUAUAUAGUCUUCCUCGGGACUUUUAUCUCCCCUUGGUACUACUGGCCCGGUGUUCCUCACCUUCACAGUGUAAUACUGGCCUUCCUCUGGCAUUUUUUAGGUUGACUUGGCAAUCCUGACCUUCACCGAGCAGUUCUGACCAUAGCCCGGUAUCCCUGGACCUUUAUUCAGCACUCUUCACUUUAGCCUAGUUCUCCUGAACAUAACCCGGCAUGUGUUGACCUUAAUCUAGCAAUUGUAACUAUAACUGAUGCUCCUUAACUUUACCCUAUUAUCUUGACCUUAUCUCAGUAUUCCUUGACCUUAACCCUAAAUACUGCUAACCUUACCUAGCAUCUCUGUCUCUAACUACAACAGUCACCUUUUUGAGAUACUCCAUGGAACGUUAUAUCUGCCCACAGGAAGGGUUGAAGUUCAUGCUGACCACUCCCACCUCCGUCACUUCUGCUUUCGUUGCCUCCUUCCAUAUCUUUACUGAUUAUCCCUUCCUUCAGUCUUUCCGUUUUCACUUGAUUCCGCCAGGUUCCCUGUUCCUUACGUAACACUGCUCUAUCACCUCGUGUUAUGAUUUCUCUCAUAUUCGUCUGGCUUCCUCCUUUGUUCUUGAGCUUUUUUGCUGUUAUCUUUAUCCUUGAUUCUCCUCUCUUCUGAUCAACUGUGCCCUCUUCCUUCCCUUCCAUCCCUCUAGAAGUAGGCCUAAUCUUUGAUGGACAGUUGGACUUGGAAUCAUGCCCAGGCUGUCUACAACCUAUUGUAUAACACAGAAUAUACUUAACGAAUUCCUAGAAUUAUACUCGAGAAAAGACUACCCCUCCCCAGUGCGUCAUGUGGUCGGACUUUGUAUGAUGAUACAUGGGAAUAUGAUCUGGUCCCCCCCCUAAAUAUUUUCAUGUUGAAUGCUUUGCUGAGGAUUAUUUCGUAAGUGAGCAUAAGAUACGAAGCAGUUCCCAUUGGCAAUGCCUUUGUCCACGGAUGUGUUCCCCUCCGUAGGGGUGGAUUAGAUGACGCCCGCCUCUACCAUAUCGAAAUAUAUGAAGGGUUGACUAUAUGUUAAGAGUUUUUACUUAUCGUUAUUGAUUGAAAUUUCUAUGUGAAUGUUAAGGAAUGCAGCAAAUGUAUAGUUUUUAUUAUAAGUGUUUGCAGACUGAGAGGUUUUCGAGAGGAACGUGAGUGAGGGAUUUAUCCCCUCCCCUCCCCUGGAAUGCUUAACACUCCAUCCUCCUUUACCAAGUCUACCCCAACUCUUUCUCUCUCUCUCUCUCUCUCUCUCUCUCUCUCUCUCUCUCUCUCUCUCUCUCUCUCUCUCUCUCUCUCUCUCUCUCUCUCUCUCUCUCUCUUCACCAUCCCUCCCCCCUUCUCCCCUUCCUCCCUCCAAACCCAAUGUCUCUCAUCUUCCCCCGCUCUCCCUCACUCCUCAGUCGCGCCGCAUGACUCGGCAACUCAGGAGGAACAGCGAGGUCACCGCCAGUGAUUCCUAUGUUCAUGUAUCAAUGUAAAUCUUCGGCAUUUAUACUGUGGUUAGGCAUCAGCAGCAUGGUCAGUGUAUAUCCUCCAUCUCAAUAAGAAACAUGUUAAAACAUAAAAUAAAAAAUGAUAAUAAAAAAAGAAGCGUUGUCCACCAGAAUAAUAAUAAAAAAAAUAUCCGCCUCGUCCAUUUGUCCUCCUCCUGCCUCUCAUUCUUCUCUUUUCCCUUUUUCAUCAUUCUACCUCGUCCAUUACAAGUUAGCUCGUUCCCCUUACUUCCUCUUCCACAAUUUUUGUCUGUGGAUAGUGCGAGGCUCUGGCUCUUGGCUUUGUGAUAUAUAUGAAUAAUCAGUUCGAGGGACCUUCUUGUUCUGUGAACAUUUUGAAGCUACAGCUACUCCUGGGGAUAGUUGAUGGUCGCUGCUCUCUGUUCAGCGAGCGGUUGCCGAGGGUUCAGGGGUUGAAGUAAUAGAAUUGCAGUCUGAAGGCUCGACGACGGCCAGAGCCAGGAGGGACCACACUCUCUCUUUAAGGACUUGCCUCAACACGGGAGGGUAAGGGGUCUACCCUUUUUCUGUUGAAUUAGCCUUCCAAUAUUGCAAUAGCUGGCCUUAGACUUUCCAUUACUCUCUUGGUGACAAGGUAUUCACGUACUGCAACUCACACUGCGGCUUCAGGACCCCUUCCAAUGACAGUAUUGGGGAGUCACGAUUACCUGUGCUCCAGUACUAGAAUCCCUUUGUCGCUGCUAACACUAUAUACCUUAUUCAGAAGAUCUGUUAUGGAGCCCUGUCGCCAUUGAGCAAAAUAUUGAAAUCUGUAGUGCUGAGGUGAUCACUAACCAGAUGAAGAGGCAACAGCCAAUUAUUAAGGAUAUUCAGACUGUUUUUGUCGCAAAAGACACUGAUACUGAUUAACAAUUAGACCAUCUGGCAGGGUCACAGUUUUGACAGCAUUGCUUAGAUAAUCUGAAAACAUUAUAUCAGCCUGUAAUAGACAGAGGCAACUGUAAUACGUCCUUCGAAAAUAUGGGACACUUCUAUACACUACGGGCUCCGUGACAUUUUUCUGAGCAUGGUCACGGUUCUUUCACUUAAUGGGAAUGCAUGACUGGGACCUUCUUGCUCCAGCGUUCAUGCCUAAGUUGAUUAUACUUCUUCCCUAUGUAAGGUCUGGAGCUGCUCCUCUGUGUAAGGUCUGGAGCCCCUCUCCUGUGUAAGGUUUGGAGCUACUUCCCUGUAAGGUCUGAAGCUCCUUUCCUUUGGUCAAGUCCACCUCCUAAUGUUCCAAUUUUCUCCUUCAGCCAACCGUAUUCUAUAACGCCAGUUUAGAUCAGUUUCUUUACGUAAAAUCUCCCAAGUUCUUUGUUUUUGCUGUUUAUUCAUUAUUUUACCUUCAACUGAUAUUAUUAUUGGCUGGUUGUUUCUACUCAACUUAGCUGACCUCAAGUGACGUUUUAGACUAUGGGCCUCAGCCUCCCUUAUACACGUCAAGAGCUCGUCGAUAUUUGGCUAAGAACCCGAGCUGGACUUUGGAGAUAAACUAUACUCGCUCCUGAUUGGCCAAUCUGUGCCCGCGCCGGUGGUACCCCCACUUUUCACCAAUGAUUCUUCGGUGCAUUCGACUCUCAUUGGCCCAACUGUCUCUGGUAAUGGUGCAGGAAAUUUCAGGAUGGCGUCAGGCUUCUUAUUACACGAGCCCAAACAGUGACGCGGGUGGGCAGAACGGCUGGAUCUCGUAUGUUUAUCACAAAGUGUUAGCUCUGUAUUUCUGGUGUGUAUCCAAGAAAAGUAUAAACCCACAGCCGUGUGCAUAAUACCCUGUAGAGAUGUGUCUCUCUACCAUCAAUACUACUCCAUUGUGUUGGGCGGACGCUGUUCUCGGAGAACGGGAACACUUAUAAUUAUUUCAACUUUGUAUAAUUUAUUAUAACUGUACGAAAUCAUUAAACCAAAUAUUAAGUUUCCAUUAUUAAGCGCUGAUGGAUCAAAAACUAUUAUUCUUCGUCAUGUCAUACUUAAAAUACGCAUAUUCCUUCUGUAUGAUGCAGACACUUGGAUUGGUCUGCCCAAGCAUGUAACUUCGGAAAUCCAACUGGUGUCAUAUUUUCUUUACAGAUACUUGAGAAGUGUGUUUAUUUAUAGUUUUACCGUUUUGCUAACUUUGGGCAAAAUAAAAUUUUGAGCAUAA